AUGAGCAAAGCGGAAGUUUAGUGUGUUGUUCCGGCAAGUGACAGAAUCCCUCAGCUUGCUUUGCCUCCAAUCAUGGAGCAAUGUUGGCAGCUGUGAGCAAUAGUUGACGUUACUGAUCAAACAAUCAUUUAUUUCUCCCGGGACUACGUUUUCUCUGGGCCAAUCCGGAUUACCAGCCUUUAAUAAUCUGCAUGGAGCCGUGGUCGACAGUGUGGAUGUAUCAGAAGCGCGUGUAUAUUUUUGUGCUCAUAUGCUAAGGAUGGACAACACACCGUAAUGAGCCGACCAAUUUGCGCUGAAACUACCCAGGAAGGUCAAGGCGUUGUUAACGGGCCGAAGAGUAUCGGGCCGUCUGUACCAUUGUGGCACCCUGAGAGCCUUGAUACACAAAAUCGAACUCAAGACACCGCAAGAAUUAAGAGAAUAUCCAUCACCCAGAUCUGUACCGUUGGGGUCAACUCUCACACUUUCUGAUAGAAAUCUUCACCUCUCAUGAUGACUACUGUCAGAGGUGGUGCGGUUACCUGGCGACCACAGCCAUGGCAGGAUGCAGAUAGAGGUGGUGGAGAGCCUCUCUCGGAUAGCGACUCGGAGGAAGAGGAUUUUCCUGAUGACUACUCGACUCCCUUGGGGGAAUAUGUAACUCAGGGGUUAAAACAGCUGCUUGAUGCUCAGCAGUUGUGUGAUGUCACUCUUCUGGUGGAGGGAAAAAAGUUUAUGUGUCACAGAGUUCUUUUAGCAGCAGUCAGUCCAUAUUUCCGUGCCAUGUUUACCAGCCCUCUUGUAGAGUCUCGUCUUACUGAGAUCCGACUGGAAGAGGUGACACCUUCUGUUAUGGAGACAGUUAUCCACUUUGUUUAUACAGGAGAAGCAGGUCUUAGUCUUGACACAGCAGAGGACUUGUUUGUAGCAGCCAAUCGUCUUCAAGUGAUGCCCUUGCAGGACCUUUGCUCUAGAUUCCUUUUUGAACACCUAUCUGUGGAGAAUUGCCUGGGCAUGUACUCUCUGGCUCGUUCACAUCAUGACCAGCUGCUUCUUCGGGCUUCUUUGAGACUGGUGGGCCAGCAUUUCCCUCGAGUGGCCCGGCAGCGAGAUUUCCUCCUGUUGGACCCAGGAACUCUUGGCAGCUUGUUGGAGUCGGAUCGAUUGGGUGUGGAGUCUGAGACUGAAGUAUACGAUGCAGCAAGGCGAUGGGCAGAAUACCAGCCGGCUGAUCGUUACAGUCACAUGCCCAAUUUGUUACGCCAUUUACGCCCCGGUCUUUUCGGCCCUGAAGAGAGCCACCGAAUGAACCAAGAACUUGGACCUCGAGCCACUACUGAGGGCAUGGGAGGACCAUUGAGGCCUCGAGAAGGCAUGUUUGAGAAGAAAAUAGUCUGUGUAGACCUUAAGCCAAGGGAGGAUGAGUCUUUACAGAAAAGGGACUUCACGGUGGAUUGCUUCGACCCUCGUUCAGGGAAGUGGGAGAAGCUGGCAGCCUUGGGCUCGUUGCUUUGUCCCGGCUGCACUGCUGUCGGAGGUCGACUGUUUGUGGCGGGAGGCAUCCUGCGGAGUUCCGAGGUCUCCUCAGAACUUCAUGAGUACGAUGUUGUGCUAAACCGCUGGAUUGUACAGCCAUUGAUGGCUGAACCACGCGCGAUGUUGGGUCUUCUUGGCUGCGGAGGUUUUUUAUACGCUCUUGGUGGCUGUAACCGAUCAGCCUUUCUGGACACAUCUGAAAAAUUUGACCUUAACAAGCUGACCUGGGCAUCAGGACCUCGUUUGCCAUUGCCAUUGCGUUCUUUUGCUUGCGCUGCUCUCCGCUGUCGUCUCUACUUGCUUGGUGGUACCACACUGGAGCAGAGCAGGGCUGUGGUGCAUGCUGGUGUGCUUAUAUACCACACGGUUACAAAUACCUGGAGCCGUGUCGCCCUAGACUCUGGCGCCACCUGCCUGGCUGGAGGCGUGGCAGUACGUGGCGGCGUUUGUGCCAUUGGUGGUUACUUGCGUGAUGCCGCCAAGUUCCUCAAUGGCAACUACACCCAGGCUGAACCACUAGAUGCCACAGGACGUGUGUUGUUCUUCCGAGAAGGAAGAGGAUCAGGAGUAGAGCGGGAGGUGGCAGUUGGAGUAGAGCGAGGGGGUGGUGGUAGCGACCGUGCACCUAGUCCGGUGGUUUUUCCUGGCCUGCCAAGGCGGAUUGCAGCUGGAGGUGUGGCUAGAUGGAAACGCAGGAUUUAUGUGUUGGGUGGUGAGAAUGGAUCGAGAUUUUAUGAUAGCGUCUACUGCUGGAAACCUGGCUGGCGAAGCUGGGUCCAAAGGCGGGAGAAAUUACCUGGGGAAACGGGAGGUGUUAGCCAGUUUGGAUGUACCACCCUGAAGUUCCCAAAAAAACACAUUUUAGCACGUCUUCGGGCUGCUCAACAGAAACGGGGAAAGGAGAAACGACCGACCCGGUCAUGCAGACUCAUGCGGAUCGACAGGACAAGUCAGGCAGUGUGAUUUUUCAGUGAGACAUGGGCAUUUUGGAAACAUUUAUGCACCUACUUUUACAUCUUUACUCUUGGUUGAUGUCUAGAUGUUUUGAAAUUCAUUAUUUCAUUUCUGCAAGCUGAACGCAAGUUUUUGUUUACUAAGUAUUGACAGAAAAUAUACAUUUUGGAUAUGAUUUCCGAAUGUUUUGCUCUUAAUAAUGAUAAUUUUUCACAGAUUCCCAUAUUUGAUUUUAGAAAUGGUAUCGUCUUGGGGAAUAAUAAACUGUUUGAAUCACAGCAAAAACAAGUUAUACGCAUGCUUAACUCAAUGAGGAAAAAGGGGUUGGAUGGAGGCUGAAUAUAGUUUUACACACAUUAGAACAUUUAGAUUGCUACCAUAACAGCGGUUGAAAGUCAUAGCUUAAUAUGGGAUCUCUUAUAAUCAGUGUAAGAUGCUUCAAAUCUUAAUCUUUUUUUUUUUUUUUUUUUGAUGACAGUGGUUUCAAAUUACAUUUAUGUUAAACUGCUGUUAAGCAACAUCACGAGAUUCAUCCAGGUUUUCCAUCAACUAGCAUUUCUAUGCUGUAUCCCAAAAUUUGCAUUAAAAUGUUGGAUGGAAAAACCAUCAUGUGAAUGUAAUUUGCAUAAUGUGCUUAAUAUAUGUAUACACUUCGUUUGAGGUGAAUGAUUUUAUGUAUUAUUAUUUGGUUAGAAAAUGCAUAAACUACAAUGCAAGUACAUUUACAGAUGAAAUUGUUAGACGUGCAUUCAGAAGAUAUCAUGUGAUUAAAUAAAUUGCUUAGAGAAGAAAAAAACAUGUUGCUCUAGCCAGUCUGAAAUUUUUUCUUGCAGAUGAUUGCUAGCACACAUGAAGUUUGUUAGAGUGUUAUAUCUGCACACUCUAAACCACAUGCAAUUUAUUACAUUUAAUAAAGGAGCAGAUUUCCCAUUGACUACAAUUUCCAUUUCUAUUUUUUAUUUUUUGUAUUGAACGUAUGGUGCAAAUUGUUUUUGCGUUAUAUUGUUUUGUCUAAUGCAAUCAUAACUAAUGUGAUAACUAGGCAUGGGCCAGUAUGAGAUUUUGACGGUAUGAUAACC